GGCAUGGCGCGCGUGGCGCACGUCGUGGCCGACACCGGCGCGUUCCUGAGCGCGGCCCCGCUGCAGGACCUGGCGCAGAGCCUGUACACGGUGCCCGAGGUGCUGGCCGAGAUCCGGGACCGGCCCACGCGCCGCCGCCUGGCCGCGCUGCCCUGCGAGCUGCACCUGCGCCGCCCGCGGCCCGACCUCCUGCGCCUCGUGACCGAAUUCUCCAAGAAGACCGGGGACUACCCCAGCCUCUCGGCCGCUGACCUGCAGGUUCUCGCCCUCACCUGCCAGCUGCAGGCUGAGACCGAGGGCCCCGGCUGCCUCCGCUGGGAGCCCCAGGACAAGGUGCAGCUCAGCUCCACCCCGCGGCACCCCGAGGCCCCCAUACACCUCGCUGGCUUCCACCUGCCCUCCAAGCACAAGCACCCUGGGAAGGGGCAGCACCAGCCAAGCCCUGAGGGCAGCACAGCCCCAUCCGAGAAUUACGAGUUCAGCUCCUUCCUGUACUGGCGAGUGCCCCUGCCCAGCAUCGAGGAGGAGCUGCAGGAGCUGCUGAGCGCUCAAGCCAUCUCUGUUAGCCCAGAGACCACUGAGGAGCACCGGAGGUCUGAGCAUGAGGCCAGUGCUGAUGAAGAGGAAGAUGAGGAGAGCGAUGAUGAGGGCUGGAUAACACCCAGCAACCUUAAGCAGGUCCAGCAGGACACGGGGCACUGUGAUACUGCUCCUAAUGGCAUCCAGGUCGGUUGCGUCACCACGGACUUCGCCAUGCAGAACGUGCUGCUGCAGAUGGGCCUCCACGUGCUGGCAGUGAAUGGCAUGUUGAUCCGCCAGGCCAGGAGCUACAUCCUGCGCUGCCACGGCUGCUUCAGGACCACUUCGGACAUGACUAAGGUUUUCUGUCCCCACUGUGGUAACAAGACCCUGAAGAAGGUCGCAGUGAGUGUCAGUGAUGAUGGAAGCCUCCACAUGCACUUCUCCCGCAACCCCAAGGUGCUGAACCCCCGAGGGCUCAGGUACCCGCUGCCAGCGCCACGCGGGGGAAAGCACGCCAACAACCCUCACCUGGUGGCUGACCAGCCCUUCCCGCAGCAGCGCCUGUCCCGCAAGGCCAGGCAGAAAACCAAUGUCUUCGACCCCGACUACAUCGCCGGGGCCUCGCCCUUUGCCGAGAAUGACGUCUACAGCCGUGCGGCCAACCUGCAGAUCCGGGACGCGGCGCUGGGCGCGGGCAGGCGGCGCCUCAACCCCAACGCCGUCACCAAGAAGUUUGUGAAGAGGCGGUGAGUGUUCGGAGGGGUCCCUGCAGCCGCUGCUGCGAGGGAAGGAUGAGCCCCCUGCGUGUUGCUGCUGAUGGCUUUAGGAAGAGGCAGCUGCCCUGCGGAGGGGCUGGGCCUUUACUUCCACGCUUCUCUGAUGCGCAAAGAGCAGCCGUGACCGGGGCAUGACAUUGUUGGGGAAGCUCCAGCCUGGAUAGCCUGGCAGGAAGGUACUGGCUUCCUUGCUCGAUUCCCUGGACCCCGCAAGCCAUGGCUGUGUUGCUAAUAAACACCAAAUCCCACAGCA